UGCGCUGCCCCCUGCAGACACCAGCUAUCACAACGACGCACAACGCAGACUGGCAGCGACCGAAGCGGCUGUGCAGUCCAGAGACCACAGCGCGCCGCCCAUGCCGCUGAACCCGCUUGUGAAGCCGCUGCUGUCCAGCGCCCAUGGUGCUGAAAACACUGCACUGUCUUUGCCGAGGGUGACGUAGACGCGAAGCGUGGUGAACGUAACUUGCCACUCCAGCAAAGCACAAAGGGUUUGAGGAGGAGAAAGACAGACAAAAACAGAGUGAAAUAAAGCAGUAAAGCAAAGACUAAACAAAAACAAACAGACCGGACUUUUUGAAAGCUGUCCAGCCGCAUUAUCUGUUUUACACGUCGGUCUUCACUGCACAAUUAGAAGGGAUCUUUUGGAGAGCGAGAGAUCACAAGCCCAUGAGGUAAAUGUUGAAGACACUGUCAAAAUGUUACCUAAAUCAAGACGAGCUCUUACUAUCCAGGAGAUUGCAGCACUGGCCAGAUCAUCCUUGCAUGGAAUCUCCCAGGUGGUGAAGGACCAUGUGACGAAGCCCACAGCGAUGGCUCAGGGCAGGGUGGCUCACCUGAUCGAGUGGAAGGGCUGGUGCAAGCCCAUCGACUCACCCGUGGCCCUCGAGAGCGACUUCAACUCCUACUCAGACUUAACAGAGGGGGAGCAGGAGGCUCGGUUUGCAGCAGGUGUAGCGGAGCAGUUUGCCAUAGCGGAGGCUAAGCUCAGAGCGUGGUCGUCUGUGGACGGAGAGGACUCCAACGACGACUCCUACGACGAGGACUUUACCCCGGGCAGCGAAGGCCCCCAGUCAGCCGAUGCAGUGGGACCCUAUCCGAAUUACCUGCGGGACUUCCUUCACAGUCACAUGUGCCAACAGCUGAGCAUGCGACAGAGCUCCUGCGAGCAUGAGAGUGAUUCAUCUCAGACAGUCUCCCCCGAGACCCUGUGCUCCAGCCUGUGCAGCCUGGAGGACCACCCUCUGCUGAAGGACCUGAGCUCUCCCACAGACCUGGCCACCAAGCUCUUUGGAGCCAUCCACGGUGGAGAGGAGAUCCUGGCCAAGCUGCAGCGCAGCGGGGAAAGUGCCUUCAGGAACCUCGGACACCUUAUCUGCAAUGACUCCUCCUACUCUGUCUCCUACACUGAGUCGUGCUUCUCUCCUGAGGACGAGGAAGACAUGCCCUGCAAGGACUAUGAGUCUGUGUGCAAGGAGGUCAGCGGCUAUGAAGCUAGGAGAAAGGUGUCAGACGUGACGUCUUCUGGAGUGGUGUCUCUAGAUGACGAGGAGGAGGAGGAGCAAAACGAAGAUGUCUGAAUGAUUGUUCUUCCCUCCUCCUUGCUCUCCUGAAUGUUUUUGGCAUGCUUCACUUCAUCCCUGCCCCCUUAUGCUGAGUUUGAUGUUUUGUCUUGAGGCGUCCAAACAAUCUUUUUUUAUUUGGGUUCCGACUAACUUGCUCUGCCUUUUGUACAAACCAGUUGCCUGGGGUUUGAUACAAAGGUUCAAGCAGAUAACUUGCAUGAUAUGCUAAGUGCAGAAAUGAACUUGUGGGCUGAAAUGUUUUAAGCACGGUCUGUACCCCUCGUUGUUUCUUUCCAAGGACAUCUCCCAGCUAAGGCUUUUUGACAUUGCAUCCCAAACUUCUUUUCCUUGGCUGAAUAAACUAAAGCAUCAAAGUGGCAUGGCUUAUGCUGGGAAUGCCAAAGGAUAAACCUUUCACUAAAGAUUAUAACAAAAUGCUGGAAUGUUCAUAAACUGACAAGAUUAUGUCUUUUUAAAAUAUUUCUCACAAACAAAAAAGGCAAUGUGCUUUUACUGUACUAGUUUUAUAUCAUUCAACAUGUUAUUAUAGCCUGAUGAUUGAAAGCAAAGUUUUUUCAGGUUCUUAUGUGAAAAAAACACACAUGCAAGUGUCUAAAGAAAACUAAAGAAAUCUAAAGAAAACAAAGCAUAAAAACAGUUUCCACUGAUUCAGAAUUUUAUAUUUUUGUAUCUGUCGUCUGCAUUUUUUGUGAGGCAUUGCUGUCCAGUGGUUUGCACGAAGCUUCAAGUACUGUUGCUGUAGAGAUAUUUUUUAUUUGUUAUCACUGUGUGAUAUGGUCUACAGAAAAGAAAAAAAAAAAAAAAAACAGGAUACUGUGGUAUUCAUUGUUAUUGUCAUUGCCGUGUCCUUUUCAGUGCAAGUCUGUUAUAGCUGGGAUGAAAAGUCAGCUACUAAACUUCUUAAAAGUGAAUGGUAUAUAAAUUCAAACACAGCUUGUGCCUCUCAAACCACUCAAGUCUACCAGUGAGGCCCUGGUUGGUGGGGUGUGCUGAGGAACAGGGAUAGUUCUCCAAUCAGGAUGCUCCUGACCCAACACAAGAACACCGGCAUGUAAUCUGCUCAGGUGUGCACACCUCUGAACCCAGGGGUUGAUGAGUGAUUGUGCUUAUUUCACUGCUGAUUGCCUCUGGGCUGGGAGGGAUUGAGAGGUCCAUCUGCAUGCCUUUAAGGGCUCUACUGUUCCCUGCACACAGGAGGUGUGGAUCAGCUGGCUAUGAUGAUUGGAAAGUAAAUAGGGAUUCUCAGACAAUAGGCAUCCUGAGCACUGCAGCGCAUGUGAAUGCAGCACAACCCAUCAGCAUGCGAGUGGGUCAUGAAAAGACCAACAUCUGUUUUUAAAGUUCAGCGCCUCGCCCCAUACGAACAAAUACCAGCAUAUAUGAGUGUCAAACUGUAAUGUUACAUGAUUCUAGCAUUCCAUGUCUUUGUUUGUUUUUUGUUGUACUUGUUUGACAGAACAUUAGUUGUGUACUCUGGUGAAGAAUCUCUUUCAUAGGAUUAAGUGUGGGCAUUCUGUUUGUGGACAUUCCGCUUAGUAAUUCUAUGGCAACCCAACAACAUUUUUUUUUUAAUAAUUGAAACAUUUACUAUCUGGAGAGUUAAACAAACAUGACACGACCAAAAUCCAUGUAGACCUCAAAAGGUAUCUGUGCUAAAAAUGCCCACAGGCUCUCAUCACAGUCCCUUUAUUUCUCCUGUAAUGCAGAGGUUACAGUCGACAUGAGGGACAACACAAACAUUGCCACCCACAUGCUACAAUGCAUGAGCGAUCGCUUACUUAACUCAGGUACACAUAACAUGCUGUGCCUUCAUCUCUAUGCCUUUUCCUUUGUCAAUCCAUCCAAACACCACAUUCAACAGAGAGUCAAGAGCACUGGCCCUCUCCCCCAUACCCAGUGACAGCUGCACUCCUACAUUGUUCUUCUCCCUGUAGAAUAAAGUAAUCCAGAUGUCAGAUCCUACAAGUAGGAUACCAGUUGGAUGCUGCUUGACUUGCACUGCAUGUAGUAACCCAAAGUACAGAGCAAACCGCAUCAUCUGGAAGUAGCAAAGAGAAAACAAACAGACUCCACGAUCCUCCUGGUUUGCAGUUUUCUGUUUGUUUAUUAGUGUUGAUCACAUUCUGAAGCAUGAGAGGGGAUGGGUCUGGUCCCUGCCUUGGGACAGCCUGCCUGCCCUGUACUGCUUACAGCAUUGCCGAGCAACCCUGACGUAACAGAGCUGUACACCAGACAGCUUCACAUUGCAAUGACAGAAAAAUAAUUCCCUUAUGGAAGCUUACCACAGUGCAUCUGUACGGUUACUUUGCAGUUUCCCUUCCAAUGCUUUUCCCCAUGGCUGUACUAUACUUUACUAUGUUUUAUUACACUUGGCUGUAGACUUUAUCAGACUUUGGAGUUCAGACUACAGGAGGUUUAGAGAUCACACUUUGAGCAGUGAAAGGCACACCUUUUUCUUAUACUUUCUACUUGCAGACAUGUCUGAGAUCCAGUUGUUAGCACAGCAUUCCUAGUACUCUGUAUCUUGUUCUAGCGAGGCACUGAAAAAUAAAUGGGGAUAAAACGAAAGGAAAAGCUGUGUUGAAUGUGCAGUAGGUGGCUUUUUACUGUGACACACAGCAGAAUGUUCUGUUGCAUCAUUCCGGAUAAUCAACAUUCCAAGGCUCUGCAUUUCACUGGGAGAGUUAUUAGAAUCCUCCCGCAGGGUCAGUGCUUUGCUUGAGACCAAGUUAGGGUUAAAGAAAAGCAUGCAAGAACAAGAAAGAAAAGACAUACAUUGAUUUGUCUUUACCAACAGAAAUAAUUCAAUUUACUUUUCAUGUCAUUAUAUUUCUUGGGUAUUCUCAAUUUUGCUUUGAAAUAUAUCAGUUAAAAGCAAAAAAAAAGAAAAAAGAAGCAAAAUCGAAUUGAAGUGAAUGGUUUCUUUGUGUUUCGACAAGAGCCUCUAUUCAGCGCAUUGUUGCUCUUGGGCUCUUGCACACAGAGUGCAGUCCCAGGGCUGCCUUGCCUUUCAGGACAUUGUUUCUCACAUAGUGCUUGAUUGUGGAAAGGAUGAGAGCGCUAAUGGAGAAUGUAUCCCUCGUUUGACUGACCGAUCCAGAUUUGGAGAAAGACAUAUUCAUGAACCCUUGAAACUGUGCCCGUCACCCACCCACGAAAAAAACAAACCAAAAAACCACUCAAUUCAAUUCAAUGUAAUGUUAUACUUACCAUGUUUCCAUGGUUAAUUGAUAUUAAAGGUUUCAUUAUGUGCAGCAUUUUAACAAACAGCUGGUGCUUUGCAUAAUAAAACAACCUGUUUCCCUUCGGUACAGGAAUCUCUACAGUAUCUAAUUGAUUGAUUUCCGCCCCUUGAGAUCCCCAGCUUCCCCACAAAGACUGUCGAGACCCAGAAUGGAACUCUGUGUUCUUGAAUCAUGGUCCUCAUGCCCUGCAAAGCUGAAUCAACAGAAAGCUACUGAUUCGAGUCUCACGUUGGUGUUUUACUUGGACUGCUACCGUUGCAGAGUAAAGUAUUCAUUUUCUACCUGCUGAAGCAUGUUCAAAAUGUGUUGCAUAUGGUUUACGUUUCUUUCCGGGACCCUGUGGUUUGCACGAUGUUGGAAACACUCUUCAGUGCAGGGUUAUGUCUGGAGUGGGUCUGCCAGGACCAAUCCGGUCGCUUGAAAUAGGAAGUUCUGUUGCAUUGAAGACUUGCCUCCUCCUCCUUGAAGAACAGAAGCAGACUAUGUGAGAAACAGGUCCUGAUAGUUCAGGGUCGUCACCUGACUGCACAGCCCCUUGCACUGAGAAUCUCUCAGUGUUGGAAGCCCUCCCUGGUGAAAACACACUAUCUGUUUUUAAAGAGAGCAUCGCCUAAAACUGAUAUUAUCUAUCGUGCAUUAUCUAUCGUCCUAGGAAACAAUCAAUCGCCAUCUUUGGCUAUUUAUCUUUGGAAGCAGUUCUUUUUUGAAAAUGUGUUUCUUUUUUUUUUUUUUUUACAGUUGAACAAUAUCUUUUUUUUUUUUCUCUUUGUCUGUAAUGUGUUGGUUUGGGACCCCGGGUUUAUUGGAAAGUGUCACUGUGAACACUGUUAGCUCUCUUCAUAAUACGCUCAAUGUUUUGUGUAGUAAAUGGCUCUCCUCUUCUUUGAUUUCCCUUUCUCUUUAUUUCCUUUGUUUCAGCAGCUGCCAUGAUUUCGAGUUAUGAAUAAAAGUCAUUAAUGUUAUUACUGGGA